GGUGGAAAUUAAAAAAAAAAAAAAUCUGAUUUUUUUUUUGUUUGUUUGUUUUGGAGUUGGAUGCAUUUCCUCUGGACUGGAUCCAUCAGAUCAAAAGACCACAUAUCAUGAGACAAUCAACUUGAAGUGUUCUCAGGACUUCAGAAGGAUCCUAUAUUUUCACGCUUGGAAUCUGGAGUUUUAAAUCCGUCACUUUAUCCUUAAAAUAAACCAAGAAUUUUUUUGUAGCCAUGGAGGAGAGAAAACACCUGAGCUAUGAGGUGAAGAGGGAGAUCCUGAAUGAAGAGGAGCUGGAUGAGCUUGCACAAAAAUCUGACUCAAAACCAUCUCUGUGUGAUAAAAUAUCAAAGUCAAUGAGGUCUUCUGGUCCUAAGGUGAAGAACUGUCUGCUGGGAACUAUUCCGGUGGUGUCCUGGCUGCCUCGUUACUCCUUCAGGGAGGACGCGCUCGGCGACCUGGUCUCAGGAAUCAGCGUGGGGGUCAUGCAGCUGCCACAAGGUAUGGCCUACGCUUUAUUGGCAUGCGUUCCUCCAGUGUUUGGUCUGUACUCCUCCUUCUACCCCGUCCUCAUCUACUUUCUUUUUGGUACAUCCAAGCACAUCUCAGUAGGAACUUAUGCAGUGAUGAGUGUGAUGAUAGGAGGGGUGACCGAGCGACUGGCUCCAGACUCAAACUUUAUGAUAUGGGACAAUGUGUCCAACUCCAGCAUCGUAGACAUUGCUACUCGCGAUGAAGAGCGAGUCCGGGUGGCGGCGGUUGUCACGUUUUUAUCUGGAAUGUUUCAGAUUCUGCUCGGUCUGGUCCAGUUUGGCUUCGUGGUGACGUACCUGUCUGAGCCACUUGUCAGAGGUUACACCACCGGAGCUGCCAUCCACGUCAUCGUCUCCCAGCUCAAAUACGCCUUCGGCAUCAACCCAGUCAGACACAGCGGACCUCUCUCUUUGAUUUAUACUGUCCUGGAGGUGUGUUUUCUCCUCCCACAGACAAACAUUGGCACUUUAGUGGUCAGUAUUGUGGCCAUAGUUGGUCUCAUUAUUGCUAAGGAGCUGAAUGCAUUGUUGAAUAAAAAAAUACCAGUUCCUAUACCUGUGGAGUUGGUCGCUAUUAUUAUUGCUACAAUAAUCUCAUGGCAGGUUAACGUGGAUGUUAAAUAUGGAGUGGAAGUGGUGGGAAGGAUUCCCUCUGGGCUCCAGCCUCCUGUUGUCCCGACUUUGUCUCUGUUCGGCCAGGUGAUUGGAGAUGCCUUCGCUCUGGCUGUAGUCGGUUAUGGAAUUGCCAUCUCUCUGGGACGAAUAUUUGCGCUCAAAUAUGGCUACAAGGUGGACAGCAACCAGGAGCUGCUUGCUCUGGGUUUGAGUAACUCCAUCGGAGGGAUUUUCCAGUGUUUUGCCAUCAGCUGUUCCAUGUCUCGCACCUUGGUUCAGGAAAGCACAGGAGGGAAGACUCAGGUUGCCGGGGCCAUAUCAGCAGUAGUUAUCCUCUUCAUCACACUCUGGAUUGGAAGGCUCUUUGAAGAUCUGCCCAAGGCGGUGCUGGCGGCCAUCAUCUUAGUUAAUCUUCACGGCAUGAUGAAGCAGUUCUUGGAUAUCUGUGUUCUGUGGAAGAGCAACAAAAUAGACAUGCUGAUUUGGAUCGCCACCUUCAUCUUUACCUUGUUGUUGAACCCUGACCUGGGAUUAGCUGCUGCCAUUGUUUUCUCCAUGCUCAUAGUCAUCUUCAGGACUCAGCUACCCAAGUACUCCCUGUUAGGACAAGUGGGCAACACAGAUAUUUAUAAGCCAAUGGAAGACUAUGAUCAGGUGAAGCAGGUGCCGGGAAUAUUAAUAUUUCGUUCCUCUGCCACUCUCUACUUUGCCAAUGCUGAGAUGUACCAAGAAGCCCUGGGGAAAAAGUCUGGUAUUGACAUUACAAAGAUCCUGUCUGCAAAGAAGAAACUAGAAGCCAAAAAAAAGAGGCACGAAAAGAAAAAAGCCAAGAAAGCCAAAAAACAGCUCAAGAAGAAUGGAGUGACCCUGUCUCCCUCUGAGCAGGAGGAGAAACAUUUCGAACAGCAGAAGGAGGUUUCUAUCAUUGAGGUGGACGAUGAUCUCGACCCCUCACUGCCAAGAGCCAUCAUCCUUGACCUCAGCCCAGUAAACUUCCUGGACACAGUGGGAGUCAAGACGCUACAAAGUAUUUGGAGAGACUACGGAGAAAUUGGCAUCAGAGUAGUUCUUGCUGGCUGCCAAACCGGUGUGGUGGAGAACCUGAAGACUGGAGGUUUUUUUAAUGACAAAGUGACAAAGUCCUCCCUCUUCACCACCAUCCACGAUGCUGUUCUGCACUGUCAGUCUGUCAGGACAAGAAGCCCAUAUCAUGAAGAACUUGAGGAUUUACAGGCAACACAUUUCUGAGUCCUGCGAGGAGCCAUGGAUGAUGUUAUACAG